GCUCGUAAGAAAAUUUCCUGGAGUGCACAGUGCAUGUGUUGUAGUAUGUCUCGACAGAGGAGAGCGUCUCAAAGAGGUAGAGCGCAGCUGACGCUCGUGCCUGGCGACGAAUAUCUUGAGUCAGUGGAAGCGCAGAGUUUGCAAGUUCUGACUUACUGCAAGUUAGCGAGGCUUCCAGUGGAGGUCCACACAGCGUGUCUACCUUGGAAAUCACCUUCAUGGAAGUACCCAGUGAUGAAAUUAGGCAACAAAACUGUCUCAGGAUCGGUGGAAGACAUCAUUUCUGCCGUCAAACAAACAGGAUUCAACAUAGACCGGAGUCUGGAUGACGCAGCGAUGGCUGAAACUGCAGCCUACUCUGGUCUCCUCACCCACCGUCUCCUACCAGCUAUGGUCUGAACCACCACCCCUCUAGAGUAUCAAUGACAUCAGUGGAACUCCCUUUCUGAGGACCUGUACAUUCAAUAUCAACCCCUUAAUUAAGGAACCUCGCCAUAAUGGUCACUGUUCGUAUUAGAGGAGAUCACUGACAAACAUGAAUACAUGAUUAUUCUGAACUUCUUCUCUUCCUCCAGAUGUACAGUCAGUGGAUGGACACUCAGAACUACAUGGAGGUCACCAGUCGUAAGUAUGGGAAGAUGAUGAGUUUCCCGCUCUCUUCCCUCUUCCUCUCCUGGAAAUACCGGACCACUCAACGAGAUCUAAUGAGAGGGGCACCCCCUGACACGAGUCUGGAGCAGCUGGGAAUAGAGCUACAAGCAAGAGCGGAGGAAGGAAUUAACCUCUUAUCCUCAAGACUAGCAGACAGACAAUUCUUCAACGGUGAGAGGUGAGAACGCAUUUUUUGUUUUAGGUUCACCCUACAUAUAUACACAAGUUCAUACGUGUAAUUCCACCUCGUGCGGAAGACCCAGAGGUGUGUUUGUUCUGUGUCAGCCCCAGCUCCCUGGAUGCCCUGGUGUUUGGUUACCUGGAGGUGAUACUGCAGACUCCCCUCCCCUCUUCAAACCUCCUCAACCUUCACCUCCACUCCUGCUCCAACCUCCUCCAUUUCUGUUCCCGCAUCAGAGCCAAGGCCUUUCCUGAUAAGAAACUCAGAGUGAUGUCGGUGGUAGCAGGAAGACCCUCGGUUCCUCUGUGGAGAGAUCCCAAGGUGUGGCUCUCAGUCGGCGUGGCUGGCCUGUUGCUGGGCGUUCAGGCUGCAAGGGUCGGUCUCCUGGCACGCCUUGCCUCCUUCCUGCUCUCCAGAAGAAACCUCACAAACCAAUCAGUUUAGCAUGCAGAAUUUUUUCAUCCGCUCCACUAUAUUGCGCAUGCGCGCACGCUUGUUUUGAAAGCGCACGUGAGCGUUUUGAAGCUGGCGAAUUGUCUGCUUCUUUCGUCGUCUUUUAGCCCUGUUCCUGGAGAAAUGGUGAGUAAUAACGCCUCUCGUGACCUUUAGCGACCUCAUGAGUACUUCCCCACCUUCAUUCGAUGCCUCUGGCGACGUUGUUUCCUGCGCAUGUGCCAAAGAGAAGUAACGUGGUGAUGUUGAGGUAGCCCCCGGGACUCGGUCAUCAAUGGAGGAGCUGGACGGGGUCCUGUUUGGAACCUUCACUCCCAGAGAAGUUUACAACCUGUACAAGUCAGAGACCUCUGCUCUGGAGUUCGGAUGGCUGAGGAAGAAGGCAAACAAUAACUGCCUCCACAACUCUCUGCUGAAGACCCCCGAGUUGGCUCGGAGAUGUUACAAUCUGGGAGGGGCUUCCCCUAAUAUCCCCCGGAACCCACCAACAACUCCAGUGUCAGAGUUAAACUCUCGCGGAGCAAGUCCCUGUCCAGUCGGCCCCCUCUCAAAACUCAAUGCCAACGCCCCUCCCUUCAUCCCCUGCUCCAGUCCAGAGCCCGGGGAAGACGAGACUCUCGGUGUGGAACAGGGCCUCUCCUCCGCUCUCGAGGAGAGGUUGACCACACCCACCAAUCAGAACAGUCCCUCGCUGGGGUCAGAGGUCGCCGAAGAAAGCUCCACCCCCGUCCAAACAGUUGCCGUGCCAACUCCUUCUCUCCCUUCCGUUGCCGGGGGCGGAGUCUCUGUCAAUGAGACAAGAACCGAUGCUCCACCCACUUCCCAUUCAACUUCCCCUCACAGCAGCACUCAGCAGUCACCAUCCUCACACCCUCACUCCUCUCCACCCCCUCCACACAGCACACAGAGCACAACUCCAUCAUCACAAACACACCCAAAGACCUGGGCUUCGGUGGUCAGGAAAGUUGGGAGUGGCUCUCAAUCUGUAGCCACACCCACCUCGUCAGCAGGUCCGUCCGAGGGGAAAGAGAGAGGGGGAGGAGGGGAGGUUGGUGAAAAUGGAGGCAGUGUUGAGGCAGCUUCUGUCAGCUCUGAAUCCUCGGGGACCAAACCGUCAGUACACCUCAAAAGUCUUGGUGAGCAGCUGGAGGGACUGAAGGUGGCGCAUGCUCCUCUCUCCCUCCAGCCUCGCGGCCUCAUCAACCAGGGAAACUGGUGCUACAUGCAUGCUCCGCUGCAGGCACUGAUCAGCCUGCCCGAAGUGUGUCACCUCCUCCGAGGGUUGAACCCUGACCCCUUGCUCUCCCGGGACCCCAGUAACACACCUCUCACUGACACACUAACACAGUUCAUUCAGCAGUUUUCCGAGUACCAAACUCCUCCUCUUCCUACUACCUCUUCUCCCUCGGUGAAGGGCAAGAGAAAGCGAUCUGCGACAGAAGUUGUUUGUGGGUCUCCGUUUAGACCUGACGGCGUGUACGACCUCCUGAACAAGAUACAAACCUCCCUCUCUACCAAGGGGAGACAGGAGGAUGCGGAGGAAUUCCUUGGUCAUGUUUUGGGAGGGCUUCACGAGGAGAUGGUGGCGGCACAGACGGCCGUGGGGCAAGGGAGGGAGCGAGAGAGGGAGGAUGGGGAGGACGGGGAGGGUGGGGAGGAGGGGGAGUGGGAACAGGUGGGGCCCAAGAACAAGUCGACUGUCACCAGACAAAUGGGGUUCAGAGAGAGUGUGGUGAGCGAGGUGUUUGGUGGAGAGGUGAGGUGUGUCCUCCAGAGACAGGGGGCCAAGGAGUCUGCCACUGUGGAGCCUUUCUUCUCCCUCCAACUAGACAUUCAGUCAGGUGAGGUGUGGAGUCUUCAAGAUGCUCUCGUGUGUCUGGCAACGAGGGAAGCCGUUCAAAUGAACAGCGGAACUCAAAACGAGGUGGAUGCCCACCGCCGACAGAGCCUGGCUCGACUACCCAUGGUGCUGGUGCUGCAUUUGAAGAGGUUCCUGUUUGACAAGACUGGCGGGUCGCAGAAAUUGAUGAAACAGGUUUCAUACAAGAUUGACCUGGAGGUUGUCAGAGACCUGCUGGCACCAAGUAUCAGAGGCAAAGUCACCAAUGACCAGAGAACCUACAAACUAUGGGCAGUGGUGUACCACCACGGGAAGUCUGCUGUGGGAGGUCACUACACCUGUGACGUAAGGCACACUGGCAGUGGAGUCUGGCUGAGGAUGGACGACAGCAUCGUCAAGUCUGUCCCAGAAGAAGCCGUGUUGAAACAGCCCCAAACGUCCAACAAAGUGGCCUAUCUUCUCUUCUACCGCAGGGCAGACUGCGCCAGGACUAGUUAGCUAGCUCACAAAUUAUUCACAAAUAUUAAUAUUGACUAAUGUUGUUGUCUAUUGUACAGACAUGAUGCACACGUCUCCAUUUGUCACGUCUCAAUUUUCAUGAAUUAUUGAAAUUUCUAGCGAUGGAUU